CCGCGCCGGCCCCGGCGCCCGGAAUCUGCCCGUCAGGAGCUGGAACGCAGUACCUUCUCUUCCUCUGAGCCCUGCCUCCUUCUGCGGGCUGGAGCUCAGUAGAACCGUAGUUUUGCCUUUUGCUCUGCAGGGAACACAGCGGACAAUGAGGAGAAAAUAAUGAAUGUCAAAGGAAAAGUAAUUCUGUCGAUGCUGGUUGUCUCAACUGUGGUGGUUGUGUUUUGGGAAUAUAUCAACAGCCCAGAAGGCUCUUUGCUGUGGAUAUAUCAUCGGAAAAAUCCAGAAGUUGGUGACAACAGCAGUCAGAAGAGGUGGUGGUUUCAGACCUGGUUUAACAAUAGGACCCCUGGUUAUCAAGAUGAGGAAGAAGAGAACAUAGGAAAAGAAGGAUGGAAGGAAGACAACAGUGAAGAGCUUUCACUAGGCGAAUGGUUUAAUCCAAAGAAGCGCCCAGAGGUAGUGACAGUGACCCCAUGGAAGGCACCAGUUGUAUGGGAAGGCACUUACAACAGAGCUAUCCUAGAAAAGUAUUAUGCCAGACAGAAAAUCACCGUGGGCUUGACUGUUUUUGCUGUAGGAAGAUACAUUGAGCAUUACUUGGAAGAGUUCAUAACAUCUGCUAAUAGGUACUUCAUGGUCGGCCACAAAGUCAUAUUUUACAUCAUGGUGGAUGACAUCUCCAGGAUGCCUUUAAUAGAGCUGUAUCCCCUGCGUUCCUUCAAAGUGUUUGAGGUCAAGGCUGAGAAGAGAUGGCAGGACAUCAGCAUGAUGCGCAUGAAGACCAUCGGGGAGCACAUUGCCUCUCACAUCCAGCAUGAGGUCGACUUCCUCUUCUGUAUGGAUGUUGACCAGAUCUUCCAAGAUAAUUUUGGUGUGGAAACUCUGGGCCAGUCAGUGGCUCAGCUCCAGGCCUGGUGGUACAAGGCAGAUCCUGAUGAGUUUACCUAUGAGAGGCGGCAAGAGUCAGCAGCAUACAUUCCGUUUGGACAGGGGGAUUUUUAUUACCAUGCAGCCAUUUUUGGAGGAACACCCACCCAGGUUCUCAACCUCACCCAGGAGUGCUUUAAGGGAAUCCUCCAGGACAAGAAAAAUGGCAUAGAAGCUGAGUGGCAUGAUGAAAGCCACCUAAACAAGUAUUUCCUCCUCAAUAAACCCACUAAAAUCUUAUCUCCGGAAUAUUGCUGGGAUUAUCAUAUAGGCCUGCCUUUAGAUAUUAAAAAUGUGAAGAUAGCUUGGCAGACGAAAGAGUAUAAUUUGGUUAGAAAUAAUGUCUGAUGUUGAAUUGUGCCAGUAGGUUUCUGAGUUUGAGAGUAUUAUUCUGGCUGAUUCCUCAGAAAAGUAACACUUCAUUUUAAUUUAAAAAAUACUAACAAAACACCAAAGUGGCAAACGCAUACUAUUUCUCCUUAUAACUCUGAGCCCUGUAAUAUGUGAGAAUGAAUCUACGGUAAUCAGAUGUAAAUUCCCAGUGAUUUCUUAAAUAUUUUGGGUUUGAGGGAAAUACUGUCAGCUGAACAAAAUCAACUUGCCAAAGGCAAAGAAAAAGCCAGAACACUCUACCCAGUGUGUCCGAUACUGUCCUGGAGAAUGGCAAUGUUUGGCAACAAGACAUGGCGGGGAGAAGGAGGUCCCCUUGAUUUCAUUGUCUUUCCGGUUUAAGUGGUUCUAAAGCAACAUAGAGCUGCUUUGUGGCAAGAGGACUUUUAGCAAGGACAUCAUCUACCAUGGCAAUCCUCAAGGGCUUUAAAGCUGAUUGCUUCAGGCCAUUUGCAGCCCGCGUUCCAUUAAGAUGUUGCUUGGCUUCUGUGUGGAGAGCAGUGGAGAUUCCCAGCGGCUGUCAGACUGACUCAUGUCCAGAGCUCUGAGUGAACCAGUCAAUAAUGCUCAGCUUGAAGCAAAAACAAAGGUCCAAUGUUGAGCUUGCCAUGAAAUACCAAAGAGAGGGUUGGAAGAGAGGUGCUGACCUCUGGGGACACGAGGUAUGCUGGAGGCACGGAGGGGUGUCUCCAGCCUCCUUCACUCCUUGACUAACAGAACAAGAACUUGAAUGGAAGGUGCUUCUUGUUUUGCCCAAGUCAUAUUCAGUCCACCAGCACCCGGGAGAGGGGAGCCAAUGGUGUCAGAGAGGAAAGGCUCACAGUAGACAGAGAAGCCUUCAAGGACCUAAGCCUCACCAAAAGACAAUCGGCCACCAUCUUGUCCCACCACCUGGCUGGAGCCUCAGGGUCCCUCAGCCCAUCACAUUCCAAGGUGGAGGCUGACGUCAAGGACUGGACUGAAGACCUCUUCUUUCCCGGGCUCCAUCCGCACUCUGGAAGUGUGACAGUCAGAUGCUCUUCACACAAACAUAAGCAGGUAGCGAUGGGAGGCCCGGUCAUCAGGACUGGAUGGAGGGACAGUCAUUCAGUUCCCUUCUCCAAGAGAAGCGGCGACGUCCUACACAUUAUAAAUUAAACACGUCAACGUAAAGAAAGUUCUCAGUCAACAUGUACAUAUGCACAUGUAUUUAUAUUUUGCUUGUCUUCUAGUCUAGGUCAUUUGUUUCUUUUUUCAAGGAAUUUAUUUGAAGUCAUUGCACUGUGUUAAUGUAUAGCACAAAAGAUUUCUUCCAUAAAAAGGAAAUUUAGAUUUUUCUCAAUAUUUCACUGUGCCUCCUACUUUCCAAUUGUUGCCAAAAAUAUAUACAGAACCCCCAAAAUCCUGAAUUGUGGACACUGAAAAAGAAAAUGGAUACCACACAUCAGUUAAGAGUCAUGCUUCUCUGUUAUUCAAGCCGAGUAAGAUCCAGUGUAAAGAAGAAAGAGGUUAAUGGUUUAACUCCUGAGCCAAAGAAAUGAUCUAUCCUGAACAUUUAGAAAAGAAAGGCUGAAGGAAUUUUGAGGGAAUUUCUUGAUUUUAAAAAAAAUUGAAAUUUAAAUCCUCAGUGGACAAAUUUAGGGUCUCAUUAAUAGUAAUGCUUAUGCAUUUUUUUAAAAAAAUACAAUUGCUGAUUUACAAUUGAAUAAAUUAUUUUCUCAGUA